UACAUUUCCACUUCUUUUAUGAAAAAAACACAUUAAAUUCAUUUAAAUAUUUAAUAAGAGCAAAAGCUUCGCUAUGUUUUACUCUGAGAAUUACCAGCCUUCAUUUUAAUUGAUCAGUUGAAUUGCAUUUCAAUUUAAAUCAUGCAACUCAAACUUAGUAUUUCCUUGAACACACACCUCAGCGAUACCAUUCAAAAAUUAUAGUAAAUAUCGAGUUCCGAGGUUGUUUCUACAUGUUUAGUCACUAUAACCACGAUCUAAAUAUCCAGAAUCUGGCAAUAUGAAUGUUAAAAAUGAAAUUUGGUCACUAAUAUGUCGUGGCAGAAAGAAAAAAAUUGUCCUGUUGAUUGUAAUUCUGAUCUUUCUGCUGAAUGCUAUGUUGUAUGUCAGUUUCGAAUUAUACAAUACAAUCAAGAGGAAAAAUGACAAUCCUUGGUUCAACAGACUGCAGUUUGACAAGAACUCCUACAUAGAUGACAAGGGCAUGCGACUGAUAGUUGGACAUUACAUGGGAGGUGGCCCGGGAAGGAACUUAUCCAGUGAUGUAAUAAACAGCAACAACUACGCCCCGGUGGCCGGGGCGGGCGAGGGCGGGCGGCCGGUGCAGCUGUCUCCGCGGGAGAUCAUCACAGCCAGGGAGCUCUACUCGCUGCACUCGUACAAUAUACUGGUCAGCGACAGGAUAUCUAUUAACAGAAGCCUUCCUGACAUGAGAAGUGAGAGUUGCAGAAAUGUAGAAAUAGAUGUGGAAAAUCUGCCCACUGCUUCAAUUAUCAUAGUGUUCCACAACGAGGCCUGGUCGACCCUGAUGCGAACUGUCAUGUCGGUGAUAUUGCGAUCUCCAUCUAACUUGUUGAAAGAGAUAAUCCUCGUAGACGACGCAAGCGACCGCCUGUACCUAGGCCGAGAGCUGGACGAGGCCGUGGCGUCCCUGCCCCAAGUGUCGGUCCUGCGCAGCGCCGCCCGCGCCGGGCUGGUGGCCGCGCGGCUUCGGGGCGCCUCCCGGGCACAGGGACACGUGCUGGUGUUCCUGGACGCGCACUGUGAGGUGACGACCGGGUGGCUGGAGCCUCUGCUAGACCGCGCCGGCAGCGACGACGUGUUCAUCUGUCCUCACAUCGACCUGCUCUCCGAGGACACGCUCGCCUACACCAAGAGCGUCGACGCUCACUGGGGCGCCUUCAGCUGGAGGCUGCACUUCCGCUGGCUCAUACCCAGCGAAGAAGUCAUGCUGAAGAAAGUCGAGAACCCCUCCAAACCGUACCCCACGCCGGCCAUGGCGGGCGGCCUGUUCGCGGUGAGGAAAAGUCUAUUUUGGCGUCUCGGCGGGUAUGACGAAGGGAUGCGUAUUUGGGGCGCGGAGAAUCUAGAGUUGAGCUGGCGAGCGUGGCAGUGCGGCGCGCGCGUCGAGAUCACAUCCUGCUCCAGGGUCGGACACAUAUUCCGAAGACACAGCCCCUACAAGUACCCCGGAGGAGUCACGGCGGUCCUCAACGCCAACCUCGCCCGAGCCGCCACAGUAUGGAUGGACGAAUGGGCCGACUUCUUCUUCAAAUUCAACCCGAGCAUAGCCGCUAUCAAAGACCAGCAAAACGUGUACAGCCGCGUCAAGCUUCGGAAAGAGCUGAACUGCAAAAGCUUCAAGUGGUACUUAGACAAUGUGUGGCCUCAGAAUUUCUUUCCCAGUAAAGAGCGGUGGUUCGGUAGGGUUAAAAACGGGCGCGGGGCUUGUUUGGGGGCAGCCGGGAUCCCUGGUCUGGGCGGGCCGGCCGCCGGCAUCGCUUGCGGGCAAGACUUGGAGCUGGAGAAGCUGAUAGUCUACACUCCAGAAGGGAGGAUAAUGGUUGACGAAGGGCUGUGCUUGGAGGCGGGUAGCGGGCGCGUGGUGUGGCGAAGUUGCACGAGGAACGAGAGCGGCAGCAAACAGAUGUGGCUGCAAGUCGGGACUCAGUUGAAGAAUAGGGAGAAUGACGAGUGUCUCACUCUGGUUGUGGGCUCCAGUGACGAUGGUGUGGGAGACCCUCUGAAGCUGAGGAAGUGUGUGGGAGGGGCGGCUCAGCUGUGGCGGUUUGACCGCGUGCCGUGGAGGUGAUUGCAAGUAAAGAGAACUGACUUUUUUCGUAAAGUCUCAAAGACAUUACCAAAAUUGAUCGCAAAAGACUGAACUGAAACAUUCCAUACUCAAUUGCGUGGCAGCUUAAGAUAAGUGUAAAUAAGUUUUGUACUUUUUUAUGUGCGGGUUUCCCACUCAAAGCUACUAAAAGUAGUGAUUAGUAUAAGUUUAAUUAAUUAUGUAGCCGGGCGUGAAAAUGGCUUGCGAAAGGUUCAUUACCACCUAUCCAUAACAAUAUUUUGAGGAUAUGUAAUAUCCUAGAUAUUCUUUCCUCAGUUUCCAGUUACAACUGAAUAGGAAAUGAACAUUGUACAAACAUGGUGAAAACCAUAGAAAUAAUAAUGCUAUCUCUAUUUAAAGUCACUGCCACAGUGCGAGUACAAAAUAUCAUGAUUUAUCAAUCAUUUAGUACUAAAAAUUCAAAAAAUACUGACCUCGACUCAAAUAUGUUUUACCGAGGAUAGAUAUAACUGACUUGAGGAACUACUAUAAGUAAGUAUUAAGUAAAAUACAAAUUAAUUGUGUUAUUUUUAUUGCCAACGAGGUUGUGAAUAAGAUAAAAUAUCCGAAAAACAAAAAAAACUCAUUUUGCAAGAACCAGUAAACAAGAAGACUUGCAUUCUGAAAAAAGUCAGCCUACAACAGUGAACUAAAAAAAUAUAUGCAUAACCUUAAAAUGUAAGUAAAACACCCCAGUUGGUUUAACCAAUAUGUGACUAAAAUGAAUCUCUGUAUAAAUAAAAUAUCCUAGCAGCUAGCACAAAGAUAAUUAUGCACAAAUAAAAAACUUAAAGUUGA